GCCAAACUGUAUAAAAGGAAAUGCCCGUAGAGCUACACAAGCAGUUCUAAAAGUGAAUUAGACAGGAGCCAAGAGAGAGCAUAGCAAAAAAAAAAAAAACAAAAUACAAACAAACAAAAUCUCCUUAAAAUAGUGUAAAAUUUGAAAAUAUAUAGAUUAAAAAAAACACUAACACACAUACAUACGCAGACGAAAAAGUUAAUUGUAAGAAAGGGCACCAAUUUCUUAUAGUGGUUAGUGGGGAGUAUAUGCUUCCAGUUUCAUGCUAAAUACAUUUAAUUGAACAUUAACCUAAUUAUGGAAUCGUCAUAUCAAGAUAUAAGUGAAUUGGAAAAAUCUGUGGCCCAUGCUGGCUCACAAUUGAAUUGUAUGGCACACAAGCUUCAUGAAGUGGAGCGCCGUUGUUUGGACUGUAACCAAGAAAUCGACGAUACAUGUGUCUUGGAGUUGCUGGAGUCGAUGUCUGAGGUACGCAACGAGUACAUUAAUUUACGCAAGGACAUACAGGAAGUGCAACAGUUACAGCGUGACGUCACUACAUCCAUACGAUUUCAAAUGCGCACCAUGCAUCAAACGUACCAAGUGUUAAAAAAGCGCUUGGAAUUAAAAUCGUCGAGAAAAUAGAAUUCCUAACGCUCACACAAUUGGCAAUCAAAAUGCAUUUCAGUUCAUCUCUAUGUAGGGGCAAAUGUAUAAAAAGAAAAAUAGCUGGCAAUAGGAGUGAAAUUGAACUAAGUUUUUUUAUGUUUCGACUAUAAACCUUCAUUAAAAUUUUAUUUACUGCUCAACCGGUUGAAAGUGAUCAGUAGCAACAAUAAGCGUAGAUUUUUCAAAAAGAAAAUUACGUUUAAGCGCUUAAUCUCACAGAAAUAAAACAAAUAUCAUCCUGUU